AUGGAAAAAGAAAUUCAGAUCUCAUCUCUCUUUUUCUCUGAAUUCCGUCGCUGCUCUCAGAUCUCUCUCUCAAUUCGCUUCUUGCUCCUCUCAAUUCACUCCUCCAGCAGAGCGCGUCUAUUUCACUCACCGCUCCCCCUUCUUCCCUCCUCCAUCCGCCGGAGGUCCGCCGCCGGGCUCAACUCGCUUGCUCUCCGCCCGGAAGCUGUGUUUCAGAGAUGCUCUGUCCCCGUCACUCGCGGCGGAUUCUUCCUCGGGCUGUCGCCCGAGCCCAAUCGUGUGGUCGAUGAAGCGGAGUGUGAGGUUUUCGGGCCCGGGAUUUUGCGAUUUUGGACCCAGGUCGGGCGGCGCGGUGGUAGCUCUGUUUCUUGCCUAUUGAAUCAAAUCUCUCUUUAUUCUUUUGACUUCGUGCUCCUGAGGCCGAGCGGUGCCCCACGGGCUGUCAUAGCCCUCCACGGAACUCUCCUGAAGGGUCCCUCCAUUAGACGAGACAUCGAGGAUGAACUCCGGUUCUUUACGUGGGAGAGCUUGAAAGGGUCCGUGAGAUUUGAACGCGCGCUAAAAGCGUUGAAAGAAGUUUUUCGAAGGUACGGGAGCAAUAACGUGUGUGUGGUCGGGCACUCGUUGGGUGCCGGUUUUGCGCUCUACGUCGGGAAGAAAGGUGUGUGUGUGGAGGCUCACCUUUUCAACCCGCCCUCGAUUUCUUUAGCUUCGGGAGUGAGGGCCGUGGGGGAGAAGGCUGGGAAGGCAUGGAGGAAGGUCCGGUCAAUGCUGCAGACGGGCGGUAAUGAGAAUGAAAGCAGGUCGUGUGAUGAGGUGGUCGGGCAGGCGAAGAAGAAGAAGUGGGUCCCGCAUUUGUAUGUGAACAAUAAUGAUUACAUUUGUUGUUAUUACAGUGACCCGGUGGUCGAGACGAAGGGGAUUGAUGGUAGUGGAGAGGAUAAUGAGAAUGAUGUGAAGGCUGCAACAGCUGUAGAAGCGGAAGCUAAGCUCUUUGUGCUGUCGAGGGGGAUUUCUUGGCCUCGAGAGUCCAUGCGAAUUUUUGGAGGGACUCGGCCAGGAUCUGAGGUUUGA